AUGGCACCAAACGGCGGUGGGAUUCUUUACACCAUCCAUGACCCCGGGGUAUCCCACUCGAGGGUUGCAAAGUUAGACCUGGUCUUAGUUCACGGAUUGAACGGCGACCACAUCGAGUCGUGGACGCACCAGGAGAGCGGAAUUUGCUGGCCCAGGGACCUACUGCCCGAGCAUAUACCCGGCAUCCGCGUCUUGUCGUUUAGUUACAGUGCCAACAUCUACGGCAACACAUCUGUUGCCGGCAUACGGGACAAUGCUCGGAACUUACUGUCCAGUCUCCGCGACUUCCGGGAGGAAGAAGAACAGGAAGAGGGCAGGCCCAUCGUCUUUGUCGCUCACAGCCUCGGCGGUAUAAUUGUCAAGCAGAUUUUCUAUGGGACACCGCACGCCGGAUCUGAUCACAAGCGCUGGUUGACCGUGGCAAAACAGUUUGCGCCACUUGCUCCGGGAUCUCGAUAUCUUGGCUGGCGCCGACCAUCACCCCUGGUAGAGUCCCUGACGAGAAAUUCAUCGGAGCUUCACGCACUCUGCGACGACUUCCGACACUUGGCUAGCGGCUACAAUAUCAUCAGUUUCUACGAGAUAACCAUCUUCCCGGGCACGAAGAGUACCAUCGUCAGCCACACGAGCGCAGUAAUGGGGCUGCCGCGUGAAACAGCGAUCCCGCUGGACCACCAUCACAUGGACAUGGUCCGUUUCGAGAGCGAGGACGACUUCGGGUUUAUCAUCACUUGCGAACACAUCGAGAAAAUGAUGAGGGGGGACGGGCUGGGGCGGUCUGACGAGGAUCUUGUGAGGGUUGGAAACAGACCAGAAGUUUGA